CGUGACUUCUAGACACACUGUUUUUUAGACACUUUCUUACAACUUCUAUUUCAAUCAAGUGAUGUCUCCGCCAAGCAAUAACAGUUAUACCACGAUGGCUACCGCUGAAUCUCAAAGAACUGUUCCGACGCCGUUUCUCACCAAGACUUUUAACCUCGUCGAAGACCCUUCCAUCGACGACGUUGUCUCAUGGAGCGAAGAUGGUUCCUCCUUCGUCGUCUGGAACCCGACAGACUUCGCUAGAGACUUGCUUCCUAAGCACUUCAAACACAACAACUUCUCCAGCUUUGUCCGUCAGCUCAACACUUAUGGAUUCAAGAAAGUUGUACCGGACCGGUGGGAGUUCUCUAACGAGUUCUUCAGGAGAGGAGAGAAACGUCUUCUCCGCGACAUCCAGCGUCGGAAGUUAACGCCUCAAGCAGCUGUUUCUUCGCCGCGUCCUGAAGUUGUCGCGGCCCGGACACCGAAAACGGUUGUGUCUCCUUCAAGUUCAGGUGAAGAUCAAACCAUGUCUCCGUCGUCGUCGACCGGAAACGGUGGUUUGUCUGCUGAGCUGUUGGAGGAGAACGAGAGGCUCCGGAGUGAGAACAUCCAGCUUAACCGUGACCUCGCUCAGAUGAAGUCUCUCUACGGUAACAUCUUGGCGGUCAUGUCCAACUACGCCGGAGCUAGUAGUAGCAGUCACGAGAUGAUGAUGGAGAUUGAGGAAGAAUCGAGCCCGAGGCUGUUUGGUGUUUCGAUAGGACUGAAGCGGGAGAAGUGAAGGAGUUCAUGUAAAGACGGUUUCGAUAGAACAAACCGUUACUCACCAUGGUUUGUUCAUAUAAGAGUUUGUUCUUAGAUAUUUGUAGAAAGCUCUGGAUUUUGGGUCCUCUGGUGUCUCUCUAUAAAAGUUAUAACAGUUCUUUUGACUUGUCAUG